GAUCGUAUAGACUUUUUUUGUUUUUUUUUCUACAUGGUAUUCAUAUUCAGUCUACGUUUUAAGUUGUAAAAAUAUCUUUGUCAAUUAUGCUGCUAUUUCGGGUUAAAAAUACCGUGCAUUAAGUACCAUACCGCAACGCAAUCAGAAGUUAACGAACAACAACGAGGAUGCUUCCUCCGGUACCUUCAUUGAUUGAAUCUUCAGGUGAAGAAGACAACUUAUUCAGCGAUGAUGAAAAGUAUCCGGACAAAGUGUUUGGGGAAUUCCCCUGGGGAACGAAUCGCUCGACCAAUGCUGGCACCCAGGUUGAAAUGUGGGGCAAACUAAGCCGAACCUACCAACAUGAAGUUUUGGAUUGUUGCCACGUCCUCCUUGUGGCACCGAUAUUGUUCACGAGACAAACGAUGCCGUUGAAAUACAUGAACUGGGCCAGCGAAUGCGGGCUGUCGAGCUUGGAACGAUUGAUGGCAGAUGUAUCUGAGGAAGGAAACGUUUUGGAUUCCCACGAGUUGGUGGGGUUGGAUAUGUUGCGCGAGGCUCACCAUGCGCUGAGGUCGGUCGUUACUUCAAGGGUGGAUAACGUCGCUGUGGUCAAGUUUGCUAAGGAGAUCGACCAGUUGAAGAUCAACGACAUCAAGAGAGCAAUCGCACUUGGUAGCACGCAACCACAAAUUAAACGUCUUAUCGAUGCGAUGUCAUGUGUAGCGGACGAACACCCCCCCUCCGCUGACCCCCCCCCUAAACUCAAGAUGAAUCUUUACGACUUUGCUUCGUCCGAUGAUCGGAAGGUCGUUGCUGCGUUGAUGACGGCUCGACAGUACGCAGAGGUUCUCCACAUGAUGGGGCAAGAGGGCAGGGACGUGGUGAAGGAGCUCCUGGCGCAACAAACCGAGAAAGAUGAAAUGAUCGGGUACAAGGAAAGUGGGAACAAAUAUUUUAAAGAAUCUAAAUUUAGCGAGGCAGUGAAACAAUACAGCAUCGCCAUCAAGUCAUAUCCAUACAUAGCUGUGUUGUAUUCAAACAGAUGUAAAGCUGCGAUUAAUCUGCACAACUACAAACUAGCAAUCAGCGACGCCUAUCGUGCCGUCACCCUUAAACCAGAGUGGGGCAAAGCUUACUACCGGUUGGCUGAUGCGUUGAAUCACGAUGGUCAGUACGCAGCAGCGAUACGCAAGAUAGACAUGGGACUCACCAAGUGUUUCAACAUUACUGAGCGGCAGGAACUAAGCAAGAUACGACUUGCAUUAGAAGAAAAGUUGGUUAAAGCGGGGAUCUCCCAUCUCGCUCUUAACGGAAUAAACAAUAACUUGCCCGAGAAACCAAAAAAAACAAAGAAAAAGAAGAAAAAAUCAAAAGCACAGGCGACUGAAGAAACUGAAAGUAAAGCUGGGCAGAACAAGGAUUUGGAAACAAAGUCCGAGACUAAAGAGAAUAAGAAUCCUAAUAGUGAUGUCAUCAGUGGUAAUAAUGAUGUCAUAAAGAAACAUGAGGAAUGUGGAUUGUGAUGCGAUAAUGUGGAUUGCUUCGUAACAAACACAAUGAUGAGAAUUGUUUCCUAACAAUGUGGGUGGUCUGGUGUGUUUUAUUAUUGUAGUUGUGAAUUGUGAUAAACAGUAUUGAUUAUUUUGUUGUUGCGACGGGGCAUAAUAUAAUAUAAAUUGACCCGUAUCGUAAAAAACAUUGUUAUUAUAUUAUACCAGUGUUCUGUCUGCCAUGCGUUGUUUUGAGACUUUAAAUAUUUGGUUUAUUUUGUUGUAAGCUUAUGAAGUCUUGUCGUAUCGCAUACCAAACGUUGGUGGAAUAAAAUUAGUAUUUGCCAA